AUGGAAGCCCGACCCAGCAGGAUAGAAUGCCCAGAGCCCUCCGAGCAUCCUGAGCCGACGAACCCCGGCCGGGUGCUCGACACCGAGCGCGUCGCCCCGAGGGACGCCACGGAGUCGGUCACGGAGCAGCUCGCGCGCGGCGGCAGCCGCGACGACGGCGCCGUCGACGAGACGUACGACACCAGGGUCAAGAUCGGGGAGGCGCUGGAGGGGUCGGCCAGGGCCAUCGGGGACAAACCCGUGGAGCGGUCCGACGCCGCGGCGAUCUGCACCGCCGAGGCGUGCGCCGUCGGCGGCGGCGCGGGCCGCGGGGCCAUCCCCGGCGGGGUCGCCGAGCGGGCGCAGGGCGCGGUGGCUGCCAACGCACGCGCCGCGCGCGGCGAGGACAAGGUCACCAUGGCCGACGCCCUGACGUGGGAGUCGACGAUGAAGCUGCCGACGAGCGAGGCGGUGACGAGCGAGGUCGCCGCGGCAGCGGCGGCGGCGGAGGCGGCGAACGACCCCCGAGGGAAGACGGAUCCACUCGGGGUGAGCGCCGCGCUCGGCAUGGCGGCGAAGCACAACUCUGAACAUGAGCGCGCGGCCUGA